GAGAGAGAGAGAGAGAGAGAGAGGGGAUCAGUUCUGAGAUCCAAGAACUGUUUUUUAGGAAAAGUAGAUAAGAUUAGGGAAAUUAAGGGGAUCCCCCCAAAUCUUCUCUCUUUUCUGUCUUCUUUCUUUCUCCUUCUCACUCUCCAUCUCUCCCUGUCCUUCCCCCUGUCUUUCUUCUCCCUCUCUCAACUCCUCUUUCCCUCUGCUCUUUCCUCCGGUCUUAGCAGAACUUAUGUGGUUGGGAUGCGGGGGCCCUCGGGUGUCAAAACUUUGAAGAUUAAUGGAUUACUUUGUUAAUGACUGCAGGCGUCAGACUGAGGUGCUUAAAUGAUUUGUGAGGUGCGAGGCGUCUUCCCGACAGUCCCAAACAAUGCGCGGAGUGUGCGGGGGAGGCAGAGGGCAGCCGCCGGCCGGACCGGCAGCAGGGCUCACACUCGCACUCACUCACACACUCAUACACACUCCCAGGCGCACACACCAGAUCCUUGCUGAGCAGGAGGCAGGCAGGCACCCUCGCCCCGCACGCAGUCUCGGGCAUUCCCACCCACAUCCACAUAUAUGUAUUUUUGUCCUGAAAAAAGUGUAAAUAAAGCCUCGCUGGCCCCCAAUGAGGCGUUCCUUCCCGACUUUUUUGGAUCAAUCAAACAGACAGUGGCUUCUUUUGAUUAAAGCCCAAAUUGUCAUUGGGCAGAAGCAAUCAUGUGACAGCCAAUUCGGUCCAAUUUCAACCUUGUCUCCAUGAAUUCAAUAGUUUAAUAGUAGCGCGGUCCCCAUACGGCUGUAAUCAGUGAAUUAGAAAAAAAACACCCCAGCAGCGAUCUUCUAUGAUAGAUUUUUUUUUUCCUCUGCGCUUGCCUUUUUCCUGGGCCUUGCCCCCCCAAAGCCCCUCCAAAAGAGGGAACUUUUUCUCCGAGGGGGCUCCAAGGAGAAGGCCAUGAAUUACGAAUUUGAGCGAGAGAUUGGUUUUAUCAAUAGCCAGCCGUCGCUCGCUGAGUGCCUGACAUCUUUUCCCCCUGUCGCUGAUACAUUUCAAAGUUCAUCAAUCAAGACCUCGACGCUUUCACACUCGACACUGAUUCCUCCUCCUUUUGAGCAGACCAUUCCCAGCCUGAACCCGGGCAGUCACCCUCGCCACGGCGCUGGCGGCCGCCCCAAGCCGAGCCCCGCGGGCAGUCGCGGCAGCCCGGUGCCCGCCGGCGCCCUGCAACCUCCCGAGUACCCCUGGAUGAAGGAGAAGAAGGCGGCCAAGAAAACCGCGCUGCCGCCGGCUGCAGCCGCCGCCGCCACCACCACUGGCCCUGCCUGCCUCAGCCACAAAGAAUCCCUGGAAAUCGCCGAUGGCAGCGGCGGGGGAUCGCGGCGCCUGAGAACUGCUUACACUAACACGCAGCUUUUAGAGCUGGAAAAAGAAUUUCAUUUCAACAAGUACCUUUGCAGACCCCGAAGGGUGGAGAUUGCAGCGCUGCUGGAUUUGACUGAGAGACAAGUGAAAGUGUGGUUUCAGAACCGGAGGAUGAAGCACAAGAGGCAGACCCAGUGCAAGGAAAACCAAAACAGUGAAGGGAAAUUUAAAAGCCUUGAGGACUCGGAGAAAGUGGAGGAGGACGAAGAAGAGAAGUCGCUCUUUGAGCAAGCCCUCAGCGUCUCAGGGGCCCUUCUGGAGAGGGAAGGUUACACUUUUCAGCAAAAUGCCCUCUCUCAGCAGCAGGCUCCCAAUGGACACAAUGGAGACUCCCAAAGUUUCCCAGUUUCGCCUCUAACCAGCAAUGAGAAAAAUCUGAAACAUUUUCAGCACCAGUCACCCACUGUUCCUAACUGCUUGUCAACAAUGGGCCAGAACUGUGGAGCUGGCCUAAACAAUGACAGUCCCGAGGCCCUCGAGGUCCCCUCUUUGCAGGACUUUAACGUUUUCUCCACAGAUUCCUGCCUGCAGCUUUCAGAUGCAGUCUCGCCCAGUUUGCCAGGUUCCCUCGACAGUCCUGUAGAUAUUUCAGCUGACAGCUUUGACUUUUUUACAGACACACUCACCACAAUUGACUUGCAGCAUCUGAAUUACUAAAAACAUUAAAGCAAAAACAAAGCAUCACAAAACAAAAACCCCUUUGACCAGGUGGUUUUGCCUUCUUUUAUUCCGGAGUUGAUUUUUAUUUUCUUCUUGACCUACCCUCUUCCUCCUUUAAAUGUUGAGCAUUUUGUUUAGUGAUUCCCUGACCCAGUUUCAGAGUCAUCUCUUACAGAUUACAUUGGAGUUUUAGUUGUUUUAAACCUCAUCCAACAACAACUCUUUAUGUGGUUUUCCUGAAAGCAAUAUAUGAGGCCUGCAAGAAAGUGAUCAGAAAUUGUACCAUCACUUUCUUUUUAUUUUUGUAUUACACUAGGAUGCAUUGUCAUGCGUAUUUUUGGUAGAAUAAAUUUUCCUUUGCUAUAAGUAGCUUUAUUUUUUCUCCCCCUCCUUCUGAAGGAUCAUAGUGGUUUCUUUUUCUUCUUUUAGUCUAACUUGGUAAAUAAAAUUCUGGUCACAAUUUAUCUUCUUUUUCAAUUUUAAUAUAUUUAUUAAUGUGGCAUGUUCAGUCUUCAAUAGACAGCAACAAAUAAAGCCAGAAAAUGGCUAGGGCUUCUGACAAGUACUUUUUGAUUUUAGGGUUUUUUCUUUCUUUUUCUUUUCUUUUUUUCUUUUUCUUUUUUGGAAGGGAAUGGAUUUGGCUUUCAGUGUAGAGUCUCAAGCCAUAGAUUUAAAUUAGUAAUAGAAAAAGGACUGGGCAGUCUAAGAGUUGGGCAAACCCAAGCUUUUGAAGGUGGAGAAAUAAAGUGCCUACAGAAACCCCAGCUCAAGGAAUGAGCAACUCCAGGUUUCUUUAACAAGCUACCAGGUCAAUAAGUUAUCAACAAUUCAUUUAUUUAUACACGUUGGUUUCAAACAUCUACAUUCCAACCCCUCCCCCAAAAAUCCCCCAUACAUUUUCAGUGGUUGAUUAAUCUCCCAGCUGUUGAUGGGUUCAGGCAAAAUAGACCUAAAAGAUAGAGAAAAACAAUAAAACAAAAUAGUGGUUACUAGAUGGAAAAUGCACUUCAGGAAGUAUUCUUUCCAAUUGUCUGGUCCAGUCAUUCUAGGAUACUCCCACCCCCCCUCCAGGGUCAGAAAAAUCAAUAUUUCACUCUUAAAUCUGUUUACAUUGCUAAUAAUGGAUCAUUAAAGCUUUGAAGUCAGGUUAGCAAGUUGAGAUUUAAAAUGGAGUGUUUCUGCAACCUAGGUUAUAAAUUAACCCAGUUAGGCAGAGAAAGAAAAAGCACUUUAAAUGAAAUAUCAAUAAAAUAUGAUCU